ACCAUGCUCAGGGAUGGCGAAUUCACAAGGAUGCCCAGUUACCUGUUACCAUUUUUAACUACCGAAUCAAUGAAUCCGAAUGACCGAUCAUCUACCUACUCACAAAAUCGUGUUCACAGCACUUGUCAACCGAGCAUUGCUUUUUUAGGAUUUCUAGUCUUCAAGGGUAGUUUUGAUACUAUAGAGUUUUCCUCUCUAUUUAAACAGUAGACUGUGGUAAUCGGCAAUCCGAAUGAUCGGAAUUCGGAAAAAGCAGUUUGCGAAACUAAUAAACUGAAACCACACAGGAUUAUCUGAUUUGCUCAUCCUUUUUCCGGUAGAGCUUUGCUCAUUUUGUUGCUCCGAUGAAUUCCCUGAAUAUGAAGACCCUGGCCGUUUCAACUCAAUUUCUCCCUUCAUGUAGACGUUUAUCUCCAAAGGUUCCCAUUGGCGCUGUUAACACCCGAAGCUCAAUCAGCUCCCUGACUUCCUCUACUUCCCAUUCCCAUUCCCACUCCCGCUCAUGUUUCCUUGCUUUGAACUGCUCAGCUAUCUCUUCUCCGCCUUCUUUAGUCGACGAGGAGGCGGUGAAGUUUGCAGAAGCUUCAAAGGACGGAAACUUAGUUCCGCUCUAUCAUUGCAUUUUCUCAGACCACCUGACUUCAGUGCUUGCUUACCGGUGUCUGGUUAAAGAAGACGAUCGAGAAGCUCCGAGCUUUUUGUUCGAAUCUGUCGAGCAGGGUUUUGGAGUUUCGAGUGUUGGACGAUAUAGUGUCAUCGGAGCUCAUCCAAUGAUGGAAGUUGUAGCAAAGGAAAAUUUUGUUACAAUCAUGGAUCAUGACAAUGGGAGUAGGAUUGAGGAAUAUGUUGACGAUCCGAUGGUAAUUCCUCGGAAAAUCAUGGAGAACUGGAAGCCCCAACGCAUUGAUGAGCUUCCAGGUGUAUUUUGUGGUGGAUGGGUUGGUUAUUUCUCAUAUGAUACUGUGAGGUAUGUUGAAAAGAAAAAGCUUCCUUUCUCACGUGCACCAGAGGAUGACAGAAACCUGCCAGAUGUUCAUCUAGGUCUCUAUGACGAUGUAAUUGUGUUUGAUCAUGUAGAGAAGAAAGCAUUUGUGAUUCAUUGGGUGCUACUAGAUCGGUACUCCUCAGUUGAUGAGGCCUAUAAUGAUGGAAUGAAACGUUUGCAGGUUUUAGUGUCUAAAAUUCAAAAUAUUGAUCCCCCAAGGCUAUCUGCAGGUUCUAUAGAAUUACAUACUCAUCAUUUUGGUUCUUCAUUGAAGAACUCAAGCAUGACAAGUGAAGCAUACAAGAAAGCAGUAGUACAGGCAAAAGAACAUAUCCUAUCAGGGGAUAUUUUUCAGAUUGUUUUAAGUCAACGAUUUGAACGCCGAACAUUUGCAGACCCAUUUGAAAUAUACAGGGCAUUGAGAGUUGUGAAUCCAAGUCCAUAUAUGGCUUAUUUACAGGCUAGAGGAUGUAUCUUGGUUGCUUCAAGCCCUGAAAUUCUUACUCGUGUGAAGCAGAGGAAGAUUACAAAUCGACCACUUGCCGGAACUGUUAGAAGAGGGAGGACAAACAAGGAGGAUGAGAUUUUGGAAGAACAGCUACUAAAUGAUGAAAAGCAAUGUGCAGAGCACAUUAUGCUAGUUGAUUUGGGAAGGAAUGAUGUUGGAAAGGUAUCCAAAUUUGGUUCUGUGAAGGUAGAGAAGCUUAUGAAUAUUGAGCGGUACUCUCAUGUAAUGCAUAUUAGCUCCACGGUUACAGGUGAAUUGCUUGAUGAUCUCACUUGCUGGGAUGCUCUGCGUGCUGCAUUGCCUGUUGGAACAGUUAGUGGUGCACCCAAGGUCAAAGCAAUGGAGCUGAUAGAUCAGCUUGAGGUCAAGAGGCGAGGGCCAUACAGUGGUGGAUUUGGAGGCAUUUGUUUUUCUGGUGACAUGGACAUUGCUCUGGCUUUGAGAACCAUGGUCUUCCCCACUGGGGCUCGUUAUGAUACCAUGUACUCAUACAAGGAUUCGAACAAGCGACGGGAGUGGGUGGCCCACCUUCAAGCUGGAGCUGGGAUUGUGGCUGACAGUAACCCAGAUGAUGAACAAAGGGAAUGCGAGAACAAAGCUGCUGCUCUUGCUCGUGCCAUCGAUCUUGCUGAGUCAACAUUCAUUGAGAAAUGAAUGGGUUGUACAUUAACUUUUUUUUUUCCUUGUAGGUUUAUAAGAUCUAGCUGCAUUUUAGUGCGAGCAUUUUCGGGGAGGGGUUUUGCUUUAAAGAGUUCAAGAUGUAACAAUGUAUUAAAGAUGUAAUUGCCUGGGGUCAAAUGGGCAUUCCUGGUUGGCCAAUGGAUAUACUUAAAUUUUUUUUGAGACUUUUAGUUGCAGAAAUCUCUUAAUAACACCAGUUGUGGACAUCAGAGGGAUUUACUUUGUGGAGAUACAAGAGUUUCAGAUCCAGGCUGA